CUCGCCGCGGGCGGAGGGAAGUGACAGUGACAGUGAGAGCUUCUGGUCCCUUCUCCACGCGAGGCUCCUAUCACCUGGCGGGGACGCGCGGGAGGUGCCGCGGGGCGGCGGGAAGGUGGAGCGGGCACCCGAGCAGGAGCCCUGGCUGCUGUGUUCAACCUGUUCGUUAUGAAGUUAUUAGUAAUACUUUUAUUUCUGGGACUCCUCACUGGUUGUAGCGGUAACUCUUCCUAUAGCUUGACACCUCAGUUGCUUCUGGUGUCCUUUGAUGGCUUUAGGGCUGACUACCUGAAGAACUAUGACCUUCCUCAUCUCCAGAACUUCAUCAAAGAAGGUGUCUUGGUGGAACAUGUUACCAACGUUUUCAUCACCAAAACGUUUCCAAACCACUACAGCAUUGUGACAGGCUUAUAUGAGGAAAGUCAUGGCAUUGUGGCCAACACCAUGUAUGAUGACGUCACAAAGAAACAUUUUUCAGACUCUAAUGAUAAGGAUUCAUUUUGGUGGGAUGGGGCAGUGCCUAUUUGGGUGACCAAUCAGCUUCAAGAAAACAGAUCAAGUGCUGCGGCUAUGUGGCCUGGUACAGAUGUGCUCAUUCACAAUAUUACACCUUCCUAUUUUAUGAAUUACAGCAGCUCAGUGCCCUUUGAGGAGAGACUAAAUAAUGUCACCACAUGGCUCAGUAGUUCCAACCCACCCGUCACCUUUGCAAUGCUCUAUUGGGAAGAACCAGAUGCGAGUGGCCACAAAUACGGGCCUGAAGACAGAGUAAACAUGAGCAGAGUAUUGAAAGAAAUAGAUGACCUUGUUGGCGAUCUUGUUCAAAAGCUCAAGGUGUUAGGAAUGUGGGACAACCUUAAUGUGAUCAUUACAAGUGACCACGGGAUGACUCAGUGUUCUGAAAACAGACUGAUACAUUUGGAUUCCUGCAUCGACCGUUCAAACUACAGUGUUAUAGACUUAACCCCCGUGGCUGCAAUUCUUCCCAAAACAAACAUAACAGAGGUUUAUGAAAAAUUGAAAAACUGUAGCCCUCACAUGAAUGUUUAUCUCAAAGAAGAUAUUCCUGACAGAUUUUACUACCGACAUAAUGAUCGAAUUCAGCCUAUCAUCUUGGUUGCUGAUGAAGGCUGGACAAUUGUACUAAAUAAGUCAUCAUUAAAGUUAGGUGACCAUGGCUAUGACAAUUCCCUGCCUUCAAUGCAUCCAUUUCUUGCUGCCCAUGGCCCUGCUUUUAGAAGAGGCUAUAGGCAGAGCACCAUUAACACUGUAGAUAUUUACCCAAUGAUGUGCCACAUCCUGGGACUGAAACCACAGGCCAAUAAUGGAACGUUCAGCCAUGCCAAGUGCUUGCUAGUGGACCAGUGGUGCCUCAAUCUCCCCGAGGUCAUCGGAAUUGUCAUCAGUGCACUGUUGCUAUUAACCAUGCUCACAGGCCUCCUGAUAUUCACGCAGAACAGAGUGCCUGCCUCCCGUUCGUUCUCCCGCCUCCAGCUGCAGGAAGAUGACGAUGACGAUCCUCUAAUUGGGUAACCGAUGGUGUCUUAUUAGUUUCAAAACUAAGGAUCCAUGCAGGGAAUGGUGUUACAGCCAUACGAAGAUGCAUGUCAGAAGACAAGACAGACAUUGCUAAAAUUACUCUGGUUUUUCUUGAGUCCUGUUUGUGUUGCCAGAUAUAAACGACCCCGACAGUAGUAGAGUUGCUGGUAGAUCGGUUAAAACCACCUGUUUCACUAACAAGAAAUAGCCUUUGAGAACAAAUAGUCUGGUUUCUUUCUUUCUUUUUCAAUAAAAAUUAAUUCUAAGUGAAAAUAUACCAGAAUUUAAUAGGCAUGCUUUUCUAAAAAAAUUAUAUAUUUGUAAAUGACACAAAAAUAUUUAUGUAAUUUGUGAAUUUUGUGUAUCCUGGAGAAAAGAUGGCUAUAUUUUUAUAUUUGCCUUUAAGUAGUGUGUGUCCCAAGCAGACCCUUGAAGUAGGAAAUUCUGUGAUGGCUAACGAAUUGAUUAGCCACAUCAUAUAGCUAGCUGUUGCAUACAAAGAAAUCAUUUUAAGUAAAGCUGCUAAAGACAAGCAAAAACCAACUAAGACUAUGUAAUAUAAGGUCUGAGUUUGUUAAGACCCUUAGCUGUUGACACCUCAGAAGUUGUGUUUGGAGCUGGGCAUGGUGGCGGACACCUGAAGACCAAAUAGUUAGGAGGAUGCAGCAGAGGACCUUGAGAAUGAGUCCAGCUGGGCUAUGAACCAACCUUGUGGUUUUGUUUGUUUGUUUGUUUUAGUUAUACUUCUUGGAUGCUAUCGUUAAUAAGAAAUUUUAAAGAAAAUAGAGAAAAAAAUGGUUUUCCCCAUUCUGUUUGAUAUCUUUGGUCAGUUGUGUGUGCAAGUGUCUUUGUGUGGAUGUGCCAACACCAUGUGACUUACAAAGGGCACUGGACUGUGUGCCAGGACAUGGCUGCCAGGAGAGGCUCAGCUCAGAGUAACGGUCACUUCUUGCACACCUUAGUUGUAUACUGUCAUCAACCUGCAAGUUGAUAGAUAGUCCAGUUAAAAACUCCUGUUACAGUUUUUAGUUCCCAUGUGUAUUGGAAGUGUUCAAAUGCCGUAGGAAAAAAAAAUACGACCUGAAUAUGAAGCUGCCGGGUGAGGAUUUCUGUAUUUACCUUUGAGGUCUUUUAAUGAGCCUUCUAUAAGCAGAGUGGUGAGAAGCUAAGAUGGAGUUUAGUCUUCUGCUCUUUGCGGAGGUCAUGUGCCGAGGGGCAGAGCGGCUUUAGCCUACACUUCCUCCCUUGACUCUCUAACACCUUUCCUGAGAACUGUGGGUUUGUGGUGAAGUACCGUCAUCAUCCCCUUGCUAGUUGGUUCCUCAGAACCAGUAUCAUUAGAGCAAAUAGCCUGAUGUCCGUUAGAGGAACGACCAGUGGUUCAUUUGCUAGUGUGUUAUUGGAAAUUUUGACAAUAUAAAACAAACUUGGUGAUUACUUUUCAGAUACAAGAUGACUCUACAGUAAAUGUGCAGCACAGUUAAACACUGACUAUCUGAGAUACACGAUACCCCUCAUUCAUCUUAGAGGCAUUGCAUUGUACUGGAUCACUGCUAAUUUCCUAAAGUCUGAUAUCUGGUAAUAUUGGGGUUUGAGAGACAUUUCCAUUUCUGUAUUAUAUACUUAAUCUGGGUACUUUAGAAACAGACCAGGACAGAUUUUGCUCAUUAAUGGUCUGACUUGUUACAUGUAAUAGUGAUACUAAAGCAUAAAGAAUUUACCAAAUAAAAUAAUAGAGAAGUUCCUGCAUACUUCAAUUUCCUUUUUAAAAAUAUAACAACUCAACUGUCAUAGUCACUUUGAAAAAGCUGAGUGGACAUCUUUGAGCUGUCUUCCAGAAGAGUAUUUAAUAUUAGUUGAAGGUGCUUUAGUCCUACAGUGCUGCGGGUCCCAGUCACUCUAUUAGCUCGAUUGUGGCUUAUACAGUGUCCAACCUAUGACAGUUUUUAGAAACAGUGGGAUAUAAAGGAAGGGAGUCCUGUUGAUGUCUUAGCCCUUGCAACAGUUGUAUUUAUUUUGUCUUUUAUUCUAUUCUCAGAGCACUAGAACUAGUUGAUGGUUUAUAAAGUGCAUAUUCAGGAAACAAGAAUAGGAUUUAUUUAUCAAAUAGAUUGUUAUAUUGAACUUUGUGCUAAUUCAUUUGUAUCUUUGAGACAGUUUAUCACUGUUAAAACUCAUGACUCUAGUGUUGCUCUGAGAAAACCUUGUAGAAAAACUAGUCUUUGACAUGGAGAGGGGUGUGUGUGUGUGUGUGUGUAUGUGUGUGUGUGUGUGUGUGUGUGCAUUGUCAAAUGAUUAACUAAAAUUCUGCUGUACUUUGUGUUCAGGAGAAAGUAUUGGCUUCAGGAAACUUUUAGCUCUUGAUGACAGUACCUGAAGGUAGUAGGAAAAUGUUGGUGUAUUAUUGUUAAUUCCAUGAGCCAGCUCAAAAUUAAGUACCUGGACUUUGUAGUUGAGGGGCAGUGAUGUUGCUAUUAGCAGUCUAUUAUCCGUGCUCUUCUGUAAGAGCAAAGGGGUAUGACAAAGGCUUGCUAGCAGUGCUGUCCAGUAGGCCUCCUUUAAGAAUCUACAGGUAAAGCCUUGGAAUAUUAAAGGAUCAAAUGCCUUUGCACUGAUCUUAGGUGUUUCCCUCCCAUGCCCAUCUUGUAAGCUUUAAGGAUGAUUGGCUUUAAUUCCUUUUAUGUGGAGUGGUUUAUUUUAUUGUUAAUUUAUAGUAUUAAAAAUGAACAGAAAUGGAGGUGUAAAGUGUGUAUUUAUUGUCAGUUCUCAAGCAGUGUGUAAAUGCAGUGAGUGUUUCAGGGAAACCUGUAGUGCCUUAAGUUAAAGGAAAUGCAUUUUGACCAUAUUAUUUGAACUUUUAGCUAAUGACUUUGCUUAUUAUUAAAAUGAAUGUAAAUAAAGUCUACUGAAACAAA